GAGAGGCAAGAGCAGCGCGCGGCACCUGUGCGCGAGACCGGGACGCCGGCGCCCGGCGACAGUCCGCAGAGAAGGAGGGACGCGGAGGUGCGCGUCAGCCAGUGCUGCUCAGCCCGGCCAGGGGACGCGGGGGGAAUGGGGACUGGGUAGAGAUGAGCAAGACUUAUUUCAGAUGUUGGAUUUUUGCUUGGAAAAACGUGUGGAUACGACCUUGGCUGCCCCCCAGUGUAGCUCCAGUGCUGUGAGGUUUCAAGGGUUGGCAGAGGGGACAGAGGGGACCAUGAAAAUGGACAUGGAGGAUGCGGAUAUGACUCUGUGGACAGAGGCUGAGUAUGAAGAGAAGUGUACCUACAUUGUGAACGACCACCCCUGGGAUUCUGGCUCUGAUGGAGGGACUCCGGUUCAGGCAGAAGCAUCCUUGCCGAGGAAUCUGCUUUUCAAAUAUGCCACGAACAACAAAGAGGUUAUCGGAGUGGUGAGUAAAGAAUAUAUACCAAAGGGAACGCGUUUUGGACCCCUAAUAGGUGAAAUCUACACCAACGACACAGUUCCCAAGAAUGCCAACAGGAAAUACUUUUGGCGGAUCUAUUCCAGAGGGGAGCUUCACCACUUCAUAGAUGGCUUUAAUGAGGAGAAGAGCAACUGGAUGCGCUAUGUGAACCCAGCGCACUCUGCCCGGGAGCAAAACCUGGCUGCGUGUCAGAACGGCAUGAACAUCUACUUCUACACCAUUAAGCCCAUCCCUGCCAACCAGGAACUUCUUGUGUGGUAUUGUCGGGACUUUGCAGAGCGGCUUCACUACCCUUAUCCCGGAGAGCUGACAAUGAUGAAUCUCACACAAACGCAGAGCAAUCCAAAGCUACAGGGCACCGAGAAAAAUGAACUUUGCCCAAAGAAUGUCCCGAAGAGAGAGUACAGCGUGAAAGAGAUCCUCAAACUGGACUCCAACCCCGCCAAGGGAAAGGACUUCUAUCCUGCUAACAUUUCACCCUUCACGUCGGAAAAGGACAUGAACGACUUCAGAAAAAAUGGGAGCCCCGAAAUGCCCUUCUACCCUCGGGUCGUCUACCCCGUCCGGGCCCCUCUGCCCGAAGAGUUUUUGAAAGCUUCCCUGCCCUACCGGAUGGAGAGACCAACCUACAUCACUCAGGCCUCCCUGCCGUCCUCCACCACUCCCAGUCCCUCCGCAAGAAGCAGCCCUGACCAAAGCCUCAAAAGCUCCAGCCCCCACGGCAGCCCCGGGAACACGGUGUCCCCUGCGGCUCCGGGCGCGCAGGACCCCCGGGACGCCUACGCGUACUUGAACGCGCCCUACGGCCCCGAGGGCUUGGGCUCCUACCCUGGAUACGCGCCCCUGCCCCACCUCCCGCCGGCUUUCAUCCCCUCUUACAAUGCUCACUACCCCAAGUUCCUCUUGCCCCCCUACGGCAUGAAUUGUAACGGCCUGGGCACGGUGAGCGGCGUCAACGGCAUCAACAACUUCGGCCUCUUCCCCAGGCUGUGCCCGGUCUACGGUAACCUCCUGGGAGGGGGCGGCCUGCCGCACCCCAUGCUCAGCCCGGCUUCCCUCCCGAGCUCGCUGCCUUCCGACGGGGCCCGGAGGCUGCUGCAGCCGGAGCACCCCCGGGAGGUGCUGGUCCCCGCGCCGCACAGCGCCUUCUCCCUCACCGGGGCUGCCGCCAGCAUGAAGGACAGAACCUGCAGCCCCACGAGCGGGUCUCCCACGGCGGGCACGGCCGCCUCGGCGGAGCACGUGGUGCAGCCCAAAGCUACCUCAGCGGUGAUGGCAGCCCCCGGCGGCGACGAAGCCAUGAAUCUCAUUAAAAACAAGAGGAACAUGACCGGCUACAAGACGCUUCCCUACCCACUGAAGAAGCAGAACGGCAAGAUCAAGUACGAAUGCAAUGUUUGCGCCAAGACGUUCGGCCAGCUCUCCAACCUGAAGGUCCACCUCAGAGUGCACAGUGGAGAACGGCCUUUCAAAUGCCAGACUUGCAACAAGGGCUUUACUCAGCUCGCCCACCUGCAGAAACACUACCUGGUACACACGGGAGAAAAGCCACAUGAAUGCCAGGUCUGCCACAAGCGAUUUAGCAGCACCAGCAAUCUCAAGACCCACCUGCGACUCCACUCUGGAGAGAAACCUUACCAGUGCAAGGUCUGCCCUGCCAAGUUCACCCAGUUCGUGCACCUGAAAUUGCACAAGCGUCUACACACCCGGGAGCGGCCCCAUAAGUGUGCCCAGUGCCACAAGAGCUAUAUCCAUCUCUGCAGCCUCAAGGUCCACCUGAAGGGGAACUGCCCUAUGGCCCCCGCCGCGGGGCUGGCCUCGGAGGACCUGACUCGAAUUAACGAAGAAAUCGAGAAGUUUGACAUCAGUGACAAUGCCGACCGGCUGGAUGACGUAGAGGACGACAUCGAUGUCACCUCUGUGGUGGAGAAAGAAAUUCUGGCCGUGGUCAGAAAAGAGAAAGAAGAAACUGGUCUGAAAGUAUCUUUGCAAAGAAACCUGGGGAAUGGACUCCUCUCCCCCGGGUGUGGCCUUUAUGAGUCAUCAGACCUUUCCCUCACGAAGCUGCCUCCCAGCAACCCACUACCUCUGGUACCUGUAAAGGUCAAACAAGAAACAGUAGAACCAAUGGAUCCUUAAGAUUUUUCAGACGAGUGUUUUGUUUCUUAAGUUAUGACUUGGCAAGUCAGGGUGCCUGUAGCAAAUGGCUCAUACCUAAUUCCAGUUCUGCAAAGCUCUCCUGACGUGUGGUUUCCCCUCACCUCUCUGGAAUUAAAGAAGGAACUCCAAAGUUACUGAAAUCUCAGGGCAUGAACAAGGGAAAGACUAUAUACAUAUAUAUAUAUAUAUAUAUACAUAUUAUAUAUACUUAUUUACACCCAUGUCUAUAUAUUUGAAGCUGUGUAUUUUGAAUAUUUGUGUGGAUGUGUUUCCAUAGCCUUCUCAUUACUAAGACUAUUGCCUAGCCAUAAUUAUUUUUUCAAUGGUAAUCCUUCCUAAUUUAUUAUACAGUUUAUCAUUCGAAAAGCAAUAAUUAAAAAAGUUUACAAUGACUGGAAAGAUU